AUGCCUUCAAUAUCUUCAAAACUACUCAUUCUCUUCAUUUGGGCAUGCCUCUCAACUCUAUCCUCUGCCAAUCAGCCUUGGUUUUGGGCACAUAAUUGCUCUUCCCCUUUCAACCCUACCCACCACCCGUCUCCGCCACCACCUACAUCACCAACCUCUCGAACACCGCCAUCACAAUCCCUACCACCAUCACCACCAAGAUCACGACGUCCUCGAACACCACCAUCACAACAAAUGCCAUCACCACCACCACCAUCACCACAACUGCCGCCGCCACCACCACCACCACGUUCACAACGUCCUCGAACACCACCACGUUCACGAGGUCCUCGCACACCACCAUCACAACAAUCAUCGCCUCCACCACCACCACCAACCCCACCAUCCCGAAAGAUCAUAGUAGGUGGCUCAGAGCAUUGGCAUCUCGGCUUCGACUAUAAUGAUUGGGCACUUAAGAACGGUCCCUUCCAUAUAAAUGACAUCCUAGUAUUCAAAUACGAUCCUCCAAACAGUACAACUCCGGCUCACAGUGUCUAUCAGCUCCCAAACAUGAGAAGCUUCGUCAACUGUGAUUUGGGAAAGGCCAAAAUGCUUGCAAAUUCAACACAAGGAAGUACUGAAAAUGGCUUUGAAUUUCAGCUCAAACACCAAAAUCCUUACUACUUUGCUUGUGGAGAAGCCAAUGGCUUCCAUUGCCAAACUGGAUCCAUGAAGUUCACCCUAACACCCAUACUUCAAGGUUGAUAUUACAACGUUGAGCUAAACUUAGUCAAUACGGUCAAAUAAGAUUUCCCAAUCGGAGAAGAUGUAUGUGGUCGAUCUCCCUUUUUUUUU